CUCGGUUAGGAAUCGUAGCGAUGUCACACGAGAUCAAACGAGGUACGUCAACAGAGCAGCGCCACAUGUACACUCAUGAUCACAAGAUUGAUGAAAGUCUAACAAACGAAAUCACGUGUGGGGAGCUUGAGGGUCUCCCCACAAGACUGUCAAGGCAGCUAAUGAAAGGAGGUGAUCCCGAUUAUCAAGAUAUUGGGGGGAAAACUCCACUUCACCAUCUCAUUAUGUUAACUCAUGGAAAAAAAGACAUGAAACAAAAUAACGUCAUCACUCAAUCAAUGCACAUUUUGUUAAAAGGAGGAGCUUCUGUUGACUUGAAAGACAACACAGGACAAAGUGUCGUUCAUCUUGCCGCAGCAGAACACAUGCCUUCUCAAAUCCUAGUCCCUCUCCUCAGGAAAUGUAACAUCAGUGAACUGUCAAUAGAUGCAGUUCAUGAUUUGAUGUCAACUGACUGUUUAGAUGUUGACAUGCUUGUCAUGCUCUGCCAGUCUGAUGUUGAUUUGCUGUUACCUGAUGAAAAUAACAUUACAGCAAUGCACCACAUGGUGGAGAAGCAUCGACCAACUGAUGCUCAUCUUGUUCACACUCUAGCAAGUGAACGACCAUAUGACUUCAAUACAAUCAGAGACAGUCUCUUCUUGCAUGCUUGUGUCCAUGGAAGCAAAGCAACACUGCAAGAAUUGCUGCAGCUUGGUGCCUCCAUUGAUGGCAAGGAUGGAGCAAGUGGGUUGCCAGUGAUGCUUUUGGCUGCUAGCAGUGCUGUUAAUCAAACAGCAAUUGAGAAUGUCAACAUUUUGAUGGCAAAUGGAGCUGACCUGCAUGUUACUAGUAGCAAUGGUCAAAAUCUGUGUCACAUAGCAGCAAUCUUGUGUAACGUACAACUUCUUGAGCUUGCUAUUGCUGCAAGAGUUGAUCACACAUAUCGAGAUAAAGAAGGGAGCACUCCACUCCAUUAUGCCUGUGCUGCUCCUGAGAAUGAUGCUGUAAUUUCCCUUCUGAUUGAGGCUGGAUUGGAUAUGAAUGAACCAAAUUCAGAUGGCCUCACACCUCUAAAUCUGAGCAUCAAAUCUCAGCAUGUCAACAAUGUCAUACCACUAAUCAGAGCUAUGGUUGAUAUUACAAAGUGUGGACUGCAAGAUUGCAUUUAUCAAGAUUUACAGAUAUUGGCUCAACCCGAGAUCAUUGAGGCUUCACCCAAGCCUUUGGAAUAUACUCUCAUGCUGAGUUCUUUCUUUGAGCGUAUGGCAAAGGAACGAAUGAGAUUGAAAGAAAGCUACAUGGCAUUGUCUGUACAGCUAGAAGAUGCUGCAAUUGAUCUGAUUGAAGGACUCCACUCAUCACAACUUCAGGGACUCGUAUUACAUGGAAACGUACUAGAAAUGGCAAUUUCUACUGGCCGAAAAAGGUUUAUAGCAACUGAUGCUGUACAGUAUGAGCUUAACCGUGUCUGGCACGAAUGGCAAGAGCCAUCAUACAAAGCUCUUCUCAAGUCUACCAUUAUAUUUCUAUUACAAGCGAUUGCACGCCCUUUUGUCAUCUUGGUUGUUUGGCCUCUAAUUGUUCUCAAUAUUCAAGUCUUUGGCUACACUUUUUCUUGGAAUAUUCUUCGACCCCGUGCAGCUCCAACCAUUAGGUAUCGUGUGGAAGCAUUUGCUUAUGUGGCCUUCCUCAUUCUGCUUAUGGUGGAAGCAGCUGACCAUGAGUUUUCAAAGCCUUUUAUGACUAAGUUGGAAUGGAUCACGUUGGCUUAUGUAUUGGCUUUGCUCUACAACGAAUUUGUGACGUUGGUCAGAGAAGGAUUUCAUUUCUAUUUCACACGCUUAGGCCACAAAACUAAUUGUAUUAUUAUCACCAUGUUUAUCAUAUUCUAUAUUGUGAGACUCAUUGUUAUCUACGGUAAAGUAGAGUCACCAAAUGAUGUUCUCAGACUCACCAGCUAUCUAUUGGCUGUAGCAUCAACAAUGUCUUGCAUUCGGUUGCUGCAAUACCUUAGAGUGCAUCGUGUGAUAGGUCCAAUUCAGAAAUCGUAUGGUAAAGUGGUGCAGAACAUGGCAUGCUUCGUUGUCAUUCUCUUCAUCUAUUUGAUGGCAUUCGCAAGUGGCCUAGUUAAUAUUUAUGGUGCAACAGGCUUUGCGGUCAAUAGGACAGAAGCAAACAACACACAAAACUGUCCAUCCGAAGGAUUUGAGAGUAUGCAGUCAUCAGCGCAAAGUCUGUUCUGGUCUCUCUUUGGACUGUUGGAUGUGGGUGACCUCAGCAAUUGUACACAUGAGGAGGCAACAGCAGGCAAAAUUGUAUUCGGUCUUUGGCUUCUACAAGCCAUGAUCAUUCUCCUCAACAUGCUGAUUGCUCUUGUUACAAACAAGUUUGAUGAAUUUCAGAGCAAUGCAGACACUGAAUGGAAAGCCUCAUUUGGCGCUACUGUUAUUGAUGUCCAAAAAUCACAACGUUAUCCAAUACCAUUCAAUCUCCUUCACGUCACUGUGGAUAUCCUAGAGUGGCUGUUUACUAGACAGAACUUUGCAAAAAAUCAAUUCAAUCUUGGGGUGCUACCUGUUAAUGUCUGUUUAAAACGCGAAGCUGAGAGAAGAAAUUUGAAUGCAGUACAAAUAGACAUUUUCAGACAGGCAGAAAGAAAGAAAGUUUUAGGUGAACCGGCAAGCAAGGGAGACAUUGUGGAAAUCAGUGACCGUCUCAUCAGUUUGGAGACUUCAAUGUCAUCUGUCUGUGAGUCUCUGAACAUCCACUUCAAGUCUGAAUCUACUAUGUCUGCACUUAAUGAGCUCAAACAUGACAAUUGGAGAUCCUACAGAAAACGUGUGAAAAAUCUGAGCACAAGCAGUGAGUGUGUUGAUGAAGUUCCAAAGCCAAUGUCAAGGAAAAGAAAAAACUUCAAACAAAGUCUCAUACACAAAAUGUUGGAAAAGACGACUUCAAGCCCUGGCAGUGCUGGUGCUAAAUCUCCAGUUUCAUCACAACCUGUUCAACUGCAAAACAUAGUUGAAUCCCAAAACAUCACAUCUGUCUCACAACCUGAUGCUCUCACACAGGCACUGAUCUCCUUGCAACAGUCCGUGCAAGGACAAGGAUACGUAUUGCUACAGAUCCAGUCUCAACUAGCUAAUAUGGAUAGUCGACUCAAACAGUUGGAAAGCAAACAUUCAAAACCAACAGGUCGAAUACAGUUAAUGAUUGAAGAAGAAACAGUCUGAACAGACAAUUAAUUAUCAAAAAUUUCUUGAAGACAUUUGACUGUGAUUACCUUUGUUCACAGGAAUGCAGUAUUGUGUACUGUAGACCUAAGAAGUUAGAAAUUAGAGGGUAACAUACUAAUAGCCCUAAUAUCAUAUAACAUGGUGUUACUGUCGCUGAGUAAAACUAAAAUUUUAUUUUUAGGUUACAUGUAAUAUACUAGCUGCCAGUGGAGAUUACUCUCCACAUAUACUAGACUUUUAAUUUAUAUACAGUCCGCUUGGAAUAA